AUGGAUCUAUCGAGUCAUGAUCACUGCAAUGAUCCCACGCACGCUGCCGACUCCAACGAGCAGAUAAUAUCGUCAUUACCCCCGGAUGAGGGCCAUUGUGCCAUGCUUUUACUGCGUCACGAAAUGCGGAAGCAUGCGACAACCCGAAGCGAGCUCCACAGGACGUCAAUCAGGCUCUCUGACAUGCAGAGCCGAGCCCGACACCAGGCUUUAGUGAUUCUGGGGUGGCGGUCUGCGCAAGAGGGUUCUGACGCCCGCUCUGCGCAACUAAAAACAGAGAAUAAGCUUCUAGGUGAUGAGACCAAGCGGCUAGUAGCGGAGAACGAAAGGCUAGAGAAAGAAGUCCGCUCGUGGCGACAAACAUUCCCGCUAUCCCCUCACGGCAUCCAACUAGAGGGCUCAGGGCAAGGCCUUUCCACAGGGAAUGAGACGCAUAGCAAGAUAUGUGAUGCAAGCUAG